GACCUGCACCAAAAAAAAAAACAAUCACAUUCAAAAAUUUCGGGGCGGUAUUAAUUUUUUUUUUCGAAAGGAAAUUUAAAUCAUUUCGCCGCCUCUCCUCGAAGACCACUUUCUUCGCGUUUAAUGGGUUUUCAUUAAAUUUUUCGUUAUUUAUUGCCGCUUUAUAGGUCAAGUGGUCAGAUUUACGAUCGCUAUCAUGUAUACUAAGUUUGAGUGUGUUAGUUCUUUAAAGUGAGUUUGAGAAUGAGGAGGCCAUGGUGCUUACUAAUAAUACUGUCCAUCGGAUUCGUCGGACACGAAACCAGGCACAUCUUGCCGGAAGUUCCGGAUGUGCUGCAUCCUCCUGUACCGGAUAUACUUCUUGGUCAGGAUAAUGAGACCGUUGUUUUGGAUGGUAUGGACCCUGAGGUCAGUCCAGGUCUGUUCCAAGGCGAUAUGGCGAUGACCAACGAGAUUUACAACUAUUGGAGGGUCGGAUUGAAAUGGGAAGUUUUUCCGGACAAACUCUGGAAGAACGGGGUCGUUCCGUACGCCAUUAGCCCACUUUAUGAUCCAACUGAUCAUGUGACUAUAUACAAAGCAAUAAGGACCUUAAAUUUCAUGACGUGCGUGAGAUUCGUUCCGUGGAAUGGAAAAGCGAAGGACUACCUCCUGAUCUGGCCUAUAAAAUAUCCGAAGGGUUGUUGGUCGUUUGUGGGAAAGUACGGAGGAACGCAGAUAGUGAGUCUUCAGCCACCGGACGACAGCGGUCCCAACUGCUUGGGAACUGAAGGCAGAGCCAUCCACGAAUUGAUGCACGCUUUGGGCGUCUUCCACGAGCAGUCUCGUUGGGACCGCGACAAAUUCGUUAAAAUUCACACCGACAACAUCGUUCCAAGGUACAAAUCCAACUUCGAUAAGCAGAGCUUGGAGAACACCACGUACAGCUUUGAAUACGAUUACAAUUCGAUUAUGCACUACGGGCGGUACUACUUCAGCAAAGCCAAAGGAAAACCUACGAUAACAUCGAAAAUGGCCGGCGUCAAGCAGUUAGGACAGAGGAAGGCGAUGUCCAAGGGUGACUGUCUCAAACUUAACGACCUCUACGGUUGUUUGGACAAUCCCAAACUGAAAAAGAAGUAUUACAAUAUAUGCAAUUUCCUAGGCGUUUAA